UCUGUCCAAUGAGAUGUCAAGAAACGAGCUCGCGCUGUGAGGAAGUGAGCCGCUAUUGGCUGCGUCCGUUUGUGUUUCUACAGCGAAAGCAGAAGGACGGCCUCUGUGAAGGCUUUAACCUCAGUUAUUUUCUUCGCUGGCUUGUCUUCAAAAGCACCUUUACAGGUCAAAGAUGGACCUUGUGCUGAACUUUGCAGAUUAUUACUUCUUCACUCCAUAUGUGUAUCCCUCAUCAUGGCCCGAGGACGAGCCUCUGCGACAGAUCAUCGGCUUGAUGGUGGUCACCAACCUGGGUGCUGCAAUCUUAUAUCUAGGCCUGGGUGCUUUGAGCUACUUCUUUGUUUUUGACCACAAAUUAAAGCAACACCCUCAAUUUUUGGAGAACCAGGUGCAGCGUGAAAUAAAGUAUGCUUUGUGGUCUUUGCCCUAUAUCAGCAUACCUACAGUAGCACUGUUUUUCGCUGAGGUCAGAGGAUACAGCAAACUGUACGACAGUGUCGAUGAAUCACCCCUCGGUUGGUCAGGGCUGAUUUUCAGCAUGGUCUCUUUCCUGUUUUUCACUGAUAUGUGCAUUUACUGGAUCCACAGAUUCCUUCACCACAAGUUGAUAUAUAAGUUUUUUCACAAACCACAUCACGUGUGGAAGAUCCCCACUCCAUUCGCCAGCCACGCUUUCCACCCCGUGGACGGAUUUCUUCAGGGCCUGCCUUACCACAUCUACCCCUUCCUCUUCCCUCUACACAAGGUCCUGUACUUAGUCCUGUACGUGUUCGUCAACAUAUGGACCAUCUCCAUCCAUGACGGGGACUACCGCGUGCCAAACCUGAUGGAACCAAUUAUCAACGGUUCAGCUCACCACACUGACCACCAUCUCUUCUUUGACUACAACUACGGGCAGUACUUCACCCUGUGGGACCGCAUCGGAGGCUCCUACCGCUACCCUUCAGCCAUGAUGGGGAAGGGGCCGCACGACCAAAUCAAGAAACUGAUGGCAGAAGGAAAGCUGAGCUCAAACAGCAUAAACAGCCACACUAAUAAUAAUAAAAAUAGUGUUCAUGUCAAGGAAGAGUAGGUAGGCACAUAAAAGCAUCAUGAAUGGGUUUCAAGGUAAGAUUUCUGCUCUUAAAAUAUUUCCUUAUUCAUAAGAGACUCUGAAACUCUACUUAGCACUAAAAUGAUCAGUUAUGCAUACAGUUGCCAAAAGGAAACAAGGACAAAAUUUGCCAAACAGAAACAUUCACUAUGGCUACCCUGUUGGUAUUCUUGCCUUUGUGUAACUUAAUAUGAAUUACUUAAAUUAACAGGCUUCUAUUAAGUUAGCGUCUAUAAUUUUGCAGUCAUAAACAUUCAAAGAAUGUAUGAAGAUUGACAGGACUGUCCCUUCACGUUACCUCAGUUCACCUUUCUGUUAGCAGUAUGUCGUUGUUAAAGUAAACAAGACACUGAUUUCCUCCAUAGCUCCUUUCAUCCAUAAACUUAUCAAUGGCUCAGAGGCCAGGUGAAGGUUUUACUGAUCUAGUCAUCUUGUUUUAAAAGAGAUUCUGUGGUUUGCUUUUGAUAUGAAAUGCACAUUCUUUCCAAAUAAAAAAAAAGUAGCUGUAUACAGUA